GAAAAUUAGAAUACCUAAUAUGAGCUUUAAUUCUACUACAAGUGCUAAAUGCGUCUUUAACCCUUUUCUUUUUCCACUGUUUUAACACAAUCCAAGAAGAAGCCACUAUUGCCAGCCCUGAGUUAAAGCUUUUGCUAGAGUUGUAGAGCGAGAUCUAUGAAUUCACAGAAAUGGUGGGCCCUCCAAAGAAACACUUCGUCCUUUUCAUCCUCCUCCUCUCCCUCUGCAUCCUCCUCCUCCUCCUUUACUCCCCCCACCCAAAUCCCAUCUCUACCCAAACCUUUCCUCUAAAUCCCCAUUCUAUCCGCACCACCACCACCCCAACCUUUUCUCUCACUAUCAAAGUCCUCACUUUUAACCGCCUCAACUCCCUAACCCGCUGCCUCACCUCCCUUUCCAACGCCUACUACCUUCCACACCACCCUGUCCACCUCCACAUCUUCAUCGACCAUUUUCCAAACCAAUCCCAAUCCGACAUCGACCUCAAACUUCAGGACUCGUUUGGAAUUCUGCACUUUGUUGAUGGGUUUGAGUGGAAAUGGGGUCAAAAGAUCGUUCAUUACAGAACCACCAAUGUGGGUCUCCAAGGCCAAUGGUUAGAAGUCUGGUGGCCCACUUCUGAUGAUGAGUUUGCCUUCGUUGUUGAAGAUGAUUUGGAGCUUUCACCAUUAUUUUUUAAGUAUUUGAGAGCUUUGAUCUUGAAUUAUUACUACAAUGCUUCCAAUUUCAGUCCUUUUGUUUAUGGGGCUUCCCUUCAGCGCCCAAGGUUUGUUCCAGGUAAACAUGGAAACAAGUUGCUACUAGAUAGCACCUCAGGACUUUUCUUGUACCAACUGGUUGGCACCUGGGGCCAGCUUCUCUUCCCAAAGCCUUGGAAAGAGUUCAGGUUGUGGUAUGAUGAUCACAAGGCGAAAGACUUUAAGCCAUUUCUUGAUGGGAUGGUUACCACGGGAUGGUACAAAAAGAUGGGAGAAAGAAUAUGGACUCCUUGGUUCAUUAAAUUUAUUCAUUCUCAUGGCUAUUUUAAUAUUUACACAAAAUUUCUGGAUGAGAAAUCACUUAGUGUCUCCCACAGGGACGUUGGCGUUAACUAUGGAAAAACAGCAGGGCCAGACUCUCAACUAUUGGAUGUAAAUUCUCUUUAUUCCAAUUUUCUGGAAAUGAAAUCUUUGAGUAGUAUGAAGUGGUAUGAUUUCUGUUUCAGGGAAGUAGUUCCUGGAAGAGUUGUAAGGAACUUGAAUGAUCUUGGGUCUAUUCUUCCCUCUGUGCAGACAAAGGGAACUGUCUUGCUUGUUAGCCUAUUUGGGGUAUCAGAGGCAGUCACUAGAAACCUUCUUUGCCACUUUGAGAGGCUAAAUCUUUGGAAUUACAUUUUAAUUGGUUCUGGUACUGGCUUUCUGUUUGAUCUUGCUCGAAGGGGACACCCUGUAAUUGAUGCAGACCGAUUUCUCAGCAAUAUCAGAUUGUAUAAAUCAGUGGGAAUGGAAGAGAAGAAUGCUAGGUUUAUGAAGGAUAUUCUGCUGAAGGCUUUUCUUGUCAAAAAAAGUUUAGAAUUCAGUUAUAAUACUUGGGUACUGGAUGGAAACAUUGUUCUUGUUAACAAUGACCUGUUUCUUGAGUCUAUUGAUUCCAUAGACAACUUCUAUGCAGGGGAGAGCAUGGACCUAUUCUUUGUCAAGAACUCACCUUCUGCCCUCAAAAUUUGGGCUGAUGGUUUUCUGUAUGAUGUUGCAGCUAUGGUGGAUAAACUUUCACUACCUAGAGAGAGCAGAAAUUUUGUAUCUGUAAUGGCAAAGCUAUUGGAACAGAAGGGAGUUAGAGUUAAGCGUCUGGAUGAGAGAAGCUUUGGCAUGAAAAUUGGUAACCAAAAUCUCAAUCAAAACUUGGAGACCAAUAAAAAGGUGGUUUAUUGGUCCAGAGAGUUAGACAUGGAUUCCAUUCAGAAGCGGCUUCAAGAAUUUAGUCUAUGGGUCAUAGAUAACGAUUCUUCCUGCGCAGCUGUAGUUUGUCACCAGUCAUAGCAGUCACAGAAAUGUUCAAACUUCCAUCUGAUUCUUAAUUCAUUAUGCUUAGCACGGGACUCGUAUUGAAGGUCAAGGUAAGGUAUAAGCCAUGAAAGUGUGUGAGGCAGUAGCAUUUAGAAACAGAAGAAUUUUGUGUAUCAUCUUUUUAAUGCUGAGAUGCACAUUGGCAAUCUCGGUAGUCCAAGUAUGGCAGCACAUUUGACUACUUUUGAUGUAUAAGCUAGGAAUGAUAAUGCUAAAAGAGUUCUUAGAGAAUUUUUGGAGAUUAUCUCUUGGCUGAAGGAGGUGGCAUAUCUGGUCGGAAGCAAUGAUGGUUUAGUGAGAUUUGAACAUGUUAAGGAACAUAGAAAUCUCACUGGAUGCAUAUCGAAACCGAGCAAGCUGAGUUUGAGGAGGCCAAGGCUUUCGAAUUUUGUUGGAAUUGUGAGUUUCCCGGAAAUCUUUUUGAGGCAAUUUCGGUAGCAGUAAUGCUAAAUCAAGAUAGACAUUCUUAACACUAUGUAAUGUUGUUUCUUGUUUUAUUUCUUAAUGGAAGUUAAAACAUAAUUACAGCUUUUGAUGUAUUUGUUGUUGUUUCACAGUAGUUGGAACUUGAGACUGUAACUUGAAGGUCUAGAGUUGGAAUUCUGAGAUCAGUGGGGUGAGAUUUAUGGGAUUAAAGGAGAUUAUCUUUCAUUAUAUAGUUCAAAAUCGUAUGUACCAAAAGUACACUUAUUGAGCAUGAACUGUAUGUAAUUACGCACCCUGGGAAGAGGGAUGCCAAAGUGCAGUCAGUAUAAAAUGGUUAAGACUGGCGUUCAGGCAAAAAUUUUAUCUGCUU